UUUUUUUUUUUUUUUUUUUUUUACGGCUGGACGUCUCAAAAAAUCCAGGACAGGUCGUAAAACAAACAACUAAAAUUGUAAGACUUAGUUUCAUGGUUGAGUGAACUUUAUUUUGUUUUUCGAAAAAUUUUCACCGUGCUUUAAUUUUGGAAGCUGAAUUUGAUAUGUAUGUAAGUUUCAUUACAGAGGACCGAUUUUAAUGAUAUUUAUAGAACUCUGUGUGACAUAUAGUUUCCCAGACUUUUCCCUACAAUGCCUUAACCUAGGAAUUGCGUAGAUAUAUGUACAAAUUAUUAAUUUUUUAUAUUUUCUAUAGUUGAAUUAUUCUAAUAAAAGUUUUGAAGUUAAUUUCAUAGUUGACUGAUAUGAUUAUUCUCUCUAGUUCUCUGUAUUUCUAUUAUUAUUAUUUUUCAUCUUAUAAAUACAAGUGUAUUAUUAUUUUUUAUACUAUAAAUAUAUAAUUUAAGGUAUACCAUUUUAAUUGUAAUAGAGUUUGUUGGAUUCUCUGCAUCUAUUUACAAUAAAUCAUAUUUAUAAUGUUUCGUGAUAUUGUAAAAUAAUAUUCACCCACUGUAGCAAAUAUACAGUGAAUAGUCUGCCAUAUAAUGACAUACCUCAAAUGAAUGUUUUUGCAAUACUCUCAGAAUGCUUAUCAUAGAAACUCCUUCGAAUUUAAUGUAAAUAUACAUGCAGGUAUAUAACACAAGCAUAUAAUUUAACUUUAAUUUAAUUUUUUUUUAAAAAUUAAAAUGAGAAAAAAUGACAUAUUUCUCUUCUCGUGUGAGCUAAAAACGAAAUUAUUUUUUUACGCAGUGCAUUCGAGAUAAACUCAAUGACUCUGUCAAACAGGGCAAUAAACCGUGUUUACGAUCCUCGGUGUAAAUAAAGAAAAGGUGCCCCUUUAUCCACAGUUCGUCAUGGUUACACCUACAUAUUAACACAAGCUUUAAUGACAUGCACACAGAAAUUUAAGGCAGUUCAGAAAACAUGUACGUAAACAUAGCGAUGUGGCUAAGAGGUUGUUUGCUGAAUGAAUUAAUCUCUGUGUUCUUGUAUAACCACUAGGUACACGUACAAUCCUUAAUUUGCAGUGAGUGUAGACUUGUCGGCCAUCAGACAACCACUUAGUGAGAAGUGACCAAAUCAACACCGGUUGUAACUUCCGUUACUAUAGAGACGUGUUUAUAGUUCAAUUCCUCAAAUCAAUUUCUGUUCAUCGGGUUAUGCCCUCAACUAAUAAAGUUAAGCCCACAAUUAAUAUUCAGUUUUUAUGUCAGUUUAGGGUUGCUAUGGUGAUAAAAUGCGAUGCCGCCUGACGCUGUCUAUAUAAGACAAAUUUCAGUGUGUGUUUACAAGUUCGUGUAGAGAGUACACAAGCACUAACACUGAUUGAUUGAUUGUUUAUGGUUCUACACCGGUUUUGGCAUUAUUUUAACCAUUUUACGGCGGUAUAACCUUCCAUUUGCUAAACUCUAACAUGAUCAUAUAAUAAAAGCGGUCGCAUCAGAAGCUUUGUUUUCUAGUAUGUCAACCAAAAUUCUUGAUCAGCCUAGAAAAGGAAGCUUCUUACAUUUGAUAAUUCGACUCUUAAUGGUUUUUAAGAUUUAUUCAAUUUGGAGUAUGUGAUUUAUUAGUUUAUUAUGAUGUCAAUGAAUUAAGCUUUGACGCAGAUUGUAUGAAUUUUACAAUGCAAUGCUAGCUAUCCCCGCUUACCUAGGAAACCCGCACAAACCUUACCUUGAUGGAUGCAAUGAUAGAUAACAAGCUCGUAAUAGAGGCGAAUCUAAUUUGUGUCAAAAAUCACGAUCGUUUUCAAAAGAAACCGGUAUGUUAUACUUGUUUUUCUGAACAUGAAAUAUCAUACAGAGUUAGUUUUCAAACUGCAAAAUAAAACCUUGAACUCCUAGUUCAGGUAACAAUCGGAAUUCCUCUGGAGUUAUCUUUUCACGUAGUACAUACCUCUGCUGCGGACUGGUUACGGGUCGUAGUGGAACACAAUCAGACAUUGGUCCGCACUAUAUUUAAAGUGGACGCUGGGCAGGUGAAAAAUGGAUGUUGUUUUUGUCUUCCUCACAGCUAUUACAGCAUCCGCGUUAGCCUUGCAACAACCUGAGUUAAAUUACAUCGGUAAAAAUCUUGACAUACAAAUUACGGUGGAUGAAAAUACAAAAUAUAAUGGCGAUAAACAUAGAUUUAGCCUCACCAUGACGAACACCGGAAGCGAGACAAUCAAGCAGGACAACUGGUCUAUAUACUUUUAUAGCUUUUUCAUGAUAGAACCUGGACACCUUCCAUCGGCGGAUGGCUACGUUUUACCAAACUACAAGGUGAAAUUUCAUCACAUUAAUGGAUGCUUGUUUAGCAUGACUCCAACGCCAGAUUUUCCGGACAUGUCUGCAAAUGCGUCUCAUUUUGUAGAGUUUUUUGCACAAUAUUGGACUGUUACGAGAACAGACAUACCUCCUAACUGGUAUGUAACGGGACCCGGGGUGAAACCAGUUAACAUCGAAUCAACAGCGACAGGGAAACGAUUUGUUGCUGAUUAUUCAUCUGUUGGUCAGUGGAAGAGGUACCGCGUGGAUCAAUAUAACCCUUUCACUGCUCAGGAUCGAUACAGAAGAUACAACGUCCGGAAUUUCAAUAUUCAUACCAAAAUGAUUAUCCCUACGCCAAAACGAAUUACAUUUCUGUAUCUUAAUGACUUAAGUAUCAGUGAUAAAAAUGCCAUUUGCACUCCUGAUGUAUCGCAGAGUUGCACACUUCUAAAUGAAAAACUAGGAAUAGCAGUAAAUAUAAAUAACAAUACGAGUACAGACGAACAAAGCAAGCGGAUCCGAUUAUGGACAAAUUCAUCCAUUGGGGAAAAUCCGGGUCUUUACCACCUCUACACUGAUGUAACUAAUGAAACAAUUACAGUGAUUGGUCAAUCACCUGCCGCCGUAUAUUACGGUGUCCAAUCGCUUCUCAGCUUAGUAGCCGGUUCUCCUGAUAAUAAUAGUAUCUCACAAGUGUUGAUUGAAGAUGAGCCUCGUUUUGAACACCGGGGUAUGCACGUUGAUGUGUCCCGGAACUUCCGAACAAAAGAAGACAUAAUCAGAUUGAUGGAUGGAAUGGCGAUGUACAAAAUGAACAAAUUACACGUACAUCUGUCGGACGACGAAGGAUGGCGGAUAGAGAUCCCGGGUAUACCGGAACUGACGGAGGUUGGAUCAAACAGAUGCCAUGAUCUAGACGAGAGGACCUGUUUGAUACCACAGCUGGGAUCAGGGGGAGACAAUACCACUUCCGGUUCCGGGCAUUUCUCGGUAGAGGAUUUUCAAGAAAUUCUUCGAGAAGCCACUAAACGUUACAUCGAUGUUAUACCUGAAAUCGACAUGCCCGCCCACAUGCGCUCUGCCAUAAUAUCCAUGGAGGCAAGAUAUCUUAAGCAUAUUAAUGUCAACGAAACGCUUGCACAACAGUACAGACUCUUAGACCCAAAUGACACCAGCCAAUAUACAUCCGCCCAGAUGUUUAACGACAAUGCAGUGAACCCCUGUAUCGAAUCGACAUACGCAUUCGUUGAAAAAGUCGUGUCUGAAAUCAAGAACAUGUAUGAAGGAUACCAGCCGCUGACGUAUUUUCAUUUUGGUGGAGAUGAAAUGGCUUCCAAUGCAUGGCUAAAUUCGACAGAAUGUAAAGAAUUUGCAAAGUUAGAUUCUUAUUAUAAUACGACACACCAUUUAAAGGAAUAUUUUGUAAGACGAGUAGCGAACAUCACGCAUCGACUGGGACUGAAUCUAGCUGGAUGGGAAGAUGGUUUAAUGGGUGAUGAUGACAUUCCGUUCGACAGAAAUUCGUUACCUAAUUCCGAAAUAUACGGAAAUGCUUGGCAGAACAUAUGGGAAUGGAAGGUGGGAGGACGGGCGUACAACCUCGCUAACAAAGGAUAUAAGGUAGUAGUGUCUCAUGCAACACAUCUCUUCUUCGAUCAACCCCAAGAACCAGACCCUGAGGAGAUGGGGUUGUACUGGUCAACACGGUUCACGGACGCCAAGAAGGCAUUCCAUUUCUUGCCAGACAGACUAUACGAAAAUAUUGCAGUCAAGCGAUCUGGUGAGCCGUACACCAAGUCCGAGUCGUGUGGGGAAAACAACAAAAGGUGUCCUCCAUUGCAACGUAGAGAAAACAUAAUUGGCAUGCAGGGUCAGUCUUGGGGCGAAACAUUCAUGAAACCGGAGAUAUUUGACUACAUGGUAUUUCCCAGACUUCUAUCAUUGGCUGAACGGUCUUGGCAUAAAGCAUCUUGGGAAGACAUGGAGAAACCAGACAGAGACGCUGCCGCAGCCGUGGACUGGGAAUCGUUCGCUAACACAGUCGGUCACAAAGAGAUACAAAGACUUCACCAGCUAGGGAUACAUUACAGAAUAGCGCCACCUGGUGCCAUUGUGGAGAAUGGAUACCUGAAGGUAGGGACUGAAUUUCCUGGAUAUAUCGUGCAGUACAGUAAAGACAACGGAGCUUCCUGGCAGGACAUCCCACCUGAAUGGUUCUUCCUGGAUAACGGAAGUUUACUCAUGCGGGCGAGCACAAAGGACAGGACACGAUUUAGCAGAACCAUUCCAUUUCACCCAGAGGAACCUCUGUCAAUAUCGGAUCAACACCUCGUGGAUUAUAUAGCUACAAACCUCGAUGUGAAAUAUGAUAUCAUCAGUAAUUUAGUUAAUGAUUGGCGGAAUUUUACCGCCAAAAUUACGAUGAAAAAUUCUGGUAAUCGGGACCUAUUGUCAGGAAAUUGGGAAAUAUACUUUUACUCGAUACGAAUGAUCCAGCCUAAUGAUUUUCCUUACACAAAUGGAUAUUUGCUAAAAGAUUGUACCAUGAAGGUACAUCAUGUGGGUGGGAGUUUAUUCAAACUAACUCCCGAACGACAGUUUUCUUUGAAGAGUAGAAAUAACAUAGUUUGCAACAUUGUGGCGAAAUACUGGGAGUCCGCUAGGACAGACUGCAUGCCCAACUGGUAUGUAGGUGCCGAGGGAAUGGAGUCUAAAAAUAUCGAGUCAACUCAAAACGAGGAUUUGACCUUCGUUGGAUCUUUCACUAAGCCGGAACAGUAUCACCGUUAUCCGGGAGACGCUUGGAGUCCAUACACACCGGAAGUGAGAUACGAUAUCAAUAAAGCAAUGACAGUUUCCGGAAGUCAGGCAAAACCGAUCAUUCCUACCCCUGUAGAAGUGACGUUACAGAAAACAACGGUGACUGUGGAUUCCUCGUGGAUGGUUUUGAAUUCUACGAAAUAUAUUAAGGAGGUUCUGCUCAUAGCAGAUUUAUUUGGCAUCGAAAUAAACAACAACAAGCCAUCAUCCAAAUUUAUAGAAAUCACAACGGCGGGUAAUAUUAAUAUUCUGGACAAUGACGUCACCCAUGACGAAGCCUAUUGGAUCGAUAUCACCGGCUCUUCUAUCAAUAUUUCUGUUAAAACCGUGGCGGGAGUUUAUCAUGCAUAUCAGUCAUUACGGAGCUUGGGAAAGGGAGGAAAUAAAUUUCCGGUCGGUAUUAUCAAAGACCAGCCUCGGUUCCAAUAUCGGGGGAUGCACGUUGACGUCGGACGUAACUUUCAUUCAAAGGAGGAAAUCCUCAAAAUCCUCGACGCCAUGGCUAUGUACAAGUUAAACAAGUUCCACUUCCACCUGACGGAGGAUGAGGGUUGGCGGUUAGAGAUUCCUGGUCUUCCAGAACUCACAGAGGUUGGUUCGAACCGGUGCCAUGAUCUGAGUGAGGACGAAUGCAUACUUCCUCAGCUGGGAUCCGGGUCAGCAAAAGACGAACUGGGUUCCGGGUUUUACACGGUAGCCGAAUAUAAAGAAAUAUUACAAUAUGCUGAUGACCGUCAUAUUGAAGUCAUUCCGGAAUUUGAUAUGCCUGGGCAUUGUCGCGCAGGCGUAAAGGCAAUGGAAGCCAGAUUCCGGAAGUACAUGAAAUAUGGAAACGAGACUGCUGCGAGGGAAUACCUGAUGACAGAUUUCGCUGACUCAACACAAUACCUGUCUGUUCAGAUGUUCACAGACAACACCAUCAAUGUCUGCAUGAAUUCUACCACAGCGUUCAUUAAUUACGUUAUCCAAGCACUGAAGGUCAUGCAUGAGGAUAUACAGCCUCUUAAAACUUACUUUUUCGGAGGGGACGAGACUUCGGGAGCAUGGAAAGAAUCUCCUGAAUGUCAGACGUUCUUAAAAGAUUCCGGACUGAAAAAUGUGGGGGAACUCAAAAAAUAUUUCGCUCGUCUUAUGUCCCAAAUAGCGGACAAGGAGGGCCUAAACCUGGCGGCGUGGGGCGACGGGCUGAAGGAGGGGCUCACACCUUACAAUCGAUCAGAAUUCCCCACCAACAGGGAGAUAAUUGCGCUUAACUGGGAGAACGUCUGGGAAUGGGGACAGGGAGACAAGGCUUACAAACUCGCCAACGCUGGAUACAAGGUUGUGCUCGGGCACGCAACUCAUCUGUAUUUUGACCACCCACAAGAACCUGACCCUGAGGAGAGAGGUUUCUACUGGGCUACAAGAUUCACUGACACCCGGAAGACUUUUGGUUUUACCCCUAGCAAUAUUUACUAUAACGCCGACAAGGCCGGGAAUGGAAAACCUCUUACCCACGAUCAGAUAUGUACAAACAAUGGAACUUGUUUACAAUUGGAAAAACCAGAAAAUAUUAUAGGAAUACAGGGUCAUGCAUGGACAGAGACAAUUCGGACGGCAAACGAACUGCAAGAAAUGGUAUUUCCUCGUCUUUUAGCCUUAGCAGAGAGGGCGUGGCAUAAAUCGUCAUGGGAAAAUACCGCGAAUAAAGAGGAGCGGAUGGACCAGACAAACGUUGAGUGGACAUCAUUUGCGAUAUCAUUAGUAACUAAGGAGCUUGCACGAUUAGAAAAUCUUGGAAUUAGAUAUCGAGUUCCUGUUCCUGGGGCGAGGAUGUUAGAUGAGAAAUUAGAUGUAAACACGGCACUUCCUGGUUUAACCGUUCAGUAUAGUACAAACAAUAAGCAACAAUGGAAGGACGUAAAUUCCGAUACAGAGAUUUCUGGGGGAAAUGUCGUAUAUCUGAGAACAAGGUCUAUAGAUACCACUCGGUACAGUAGGAUUGUUUCGGUAUCGACGCCGCCGGAAACAUCAGCCUCAUCUACCGUACGUCAUUCUAUACCACGUGUUUCCGGUGUUUUCAUUUUAUGUGUUGCCUAUUUCUACAGUCAGAACUUUUUGUUUUAAACUUUGUACAGUAUCAUUUUUUUGUCUUUAUUUUGGAUGUGUGUACACUUUUUGGGGGUCUAGUACGUAUGUUUUUCUCUCUCCAUUUUAUACCACUUUCGAGAUGCUUUUAUGUUAUUUACAUUAAACAAUAAAGACCUUAUACAAGUCCAAUCCUUGAUAUCCGAUAACAAUCAAA